CAGACUCUUGCUACAGAAAGUCUGCCUCUUCCCUUCCCCAGUUCACACGGCCUUAUCUCCUUAGUCCUUAUCUUAUUUCUAUAAAUUCAUUCAAUCUGACCCUUGUAUAAUACAAUUUAAAACAAAUAGGAGAAAUGGCCAGAGUUAAAGCCCUCUUCUUCCUAGCCGUCCUCCUCUGCUCUACUUUAGUCUAUGCAGCCAGACCAGAACCAGCUUUUUCUGCAGCCACUUCUGCAAAAACCCAAUUUGAGGGUGUUGAAACAGAGGUUGAUGAGGUGGUGAAUGAGAGCUGUGAAGGAGCUGAGGAGGAGGAGUGCUUAAUGAGAAGGACUCUGGCAGCUCAUGUGGAUUACAUCUAUACACAGAAGCAUAAUCCUUGAACUUGGUUUGUUUUGUUAACAAUAUCUAUUUGUGAUUAUGUAAUACUUGUAAGCAAUAUCAAGUUUCCCCUGUGUUUUUUUAUUUUUUAUUUUCACUUUUUUCUUCAGAUUGUCUAGCAAUGUGAGACUGUGAAUUUGAACCAUUGAUCAAUUUCAAUGCAUGGUCCAAAUGUACAGUUUCACAAAGUAUUUAUCUUAGCAAGAGAAAGCAUAAUAUGAGAGUAAGAUAGUGGAGAUCAAGAACACAGUUUAUAUAUACAACUGUCAUUAUUAAUCUCUCUUUACUACUGCAUUUAUAGUUCAUUCCUACAGAAGAACUGCAUGGUAGUAAAAGAACGAUGAUCAAACGGGAGAGACAUAUGUACACAGUUUUC